CUAGCGUUGUUCAUUUUCUUAUUUUUUCUUAAGGUAAACAAACGUUUAAUUUUGUGUUUUUUUUGUAAACACCUUUAACAAUGUAAACAAAACUUAUUCUUACAUCACUUCAAGAAUUGUUCAAUAAGAAGAUCCAACUAUUAUCUUCAAUUAUUUGAAAUUUUGAUUUAAUUUGAUUGAUUGAUGGUCAAGGAAAGAUAGACAUGGCCAGGACAACUUAUUCUUUGCUGUUGAAUUGUUUGACCAGAAGUCUGUUUGGUACUUGGUUCCCUUUCUUUUCCUUGUAAUAUUUUCCUUGAUGAUUAUAACCUCAUACAGUAAAUCUCGGUGCUAUUAAUUUGGAGAAAUGACAUUGCAAUACGAAAUCAUUCACCUGAUAUUCUAUAUUAACUCAUUAAGACAACCUACGGUUGUCAACCAGUCAAUUUGAAUAAACAAUCAAACAGCUUGUACUCAUUGUUGCAUUCAGCUGAGAUUCACUGCUGGGUGUUGCCGCCAUUACACUAUAAGAUUACAAGUGUUUGAAAUGGCUAAAUCAAUUCAUGUGUUCACUGUUUUGACAUUGAUUAAUUGUUUACUUAUACUCUCCCCUGGAUCAGCCAAUUAUGAUUCAAAACCAGACAAUUUCAACUCGUUGUCAGAUACCACUGAAGAGUUGGAUGAAGAUGAGCUUCAAUCAAUGGUCCAUGAAAAGGCAAAAUAUUAUCGACCUGAUGAAUGGAGCGAUUACUUGGUAUGGAUUAAAACAGCUGAAAAUAAUCCAAACAAAUGUGAAACACAAUCAUCACUUGGAUGCUUUAAAUCUCAAAUCGACAAUGAUUUAGUAUAUUGGAUGGAUAAAGGAAUAACUCUUCAGGAUAUUGAAACCUCUAAACCUUAUGGUGUUCACUACCAGAUUAUUAAUCAUCAACUUUACCGGCAAUAUGAUUGCAUGUUUCCAACAAGAUGUGAAGGAAUUGAACACUUUCUGUUAAACCUUAUUCACAAAUUGCCUGAUCUUGAAAUGGUAAUUAACGUUCGUGAUUGGCCUGUCACGGUUAAAGGAGAUUCAAGAAUGCCAAUCAUGUCAUUCUCUCGUGAUGACAGUUACAAUAACGAUAUUCUUUACCCAGCCUGGAGUUUCUGGUCUGGAGGACCUGCUAUUGAUCAAUACCCAACCGGUAUCGGUAGAUUUGAUCUAUUAACUCGAUCAAUCGUCGCAUCAUCACCGCCAUGGAACCAAAAGACUGAAGUAUGUUUCUUUCGAGGAUCACGCACUUCAGCUGAUCGAGAUUGGCUAAUUUUAUUAAGUCGUCGUCAACCCGAUUUGGUUGAUGCUCAAUACACAAAAAACCAAGCCUGGAGAUCAAUUAAAGAUACUCUCGGCUAUCAACCCGCUCCGACAAUAUCAUUUGAGUAUCAUUGUAAAUACAAAUACUUGAUCAAUUUCCGAGGAGUGGCAGCUUCAUUCCGCUAUAAACAUCUUUUCCUGUGCCAAUCUUUAGUCUUCAAUAUGCAAUCAUCAUGGAUCGAAUUUUUCUACCCUUCUCUAGUUCCUUGGUAUCAUUAUGUUCCUGUUAAUGAAUCCAACUUUAUUUCAAUAUUAACCUUUUUCAAAGAAAACGAUUCUUUAGCUGCUUCAAUAGCAUCCAAUGGCUUCCAGUUCAUAAAGAAGCACCUGACGUUAGAAGCUGUUGAAUUAUAUUGGGAACAUUUGUUGAUGAAAUAUUCCCAGGCCUUAAAAUACAAACCUAAAUUGAUAAAGUCGUACAAAAAGAUAGUACCAAAAAGAAAGCCCUGAUUUACAUGGUUAAUGUGCCUUAAAUAAAUCAUGUUGCUAAGUAAA